AUGGUCGAUGAUGAUGAUGCAUGGCGUCGCCUGGCCGACAACCCCUUUUCUUAUCGUUUAGAGGCCUAUGUCAAGGAAGAUAUCGCUUUGUUCCACAAGAAUAAACUACUAGAAGAGGUGAUCUCGUUCGAGCAGUUUCGCAAGGGUGCUAUGAUCGCACGACACGACAGCUAUCAAGGAGCAGUUGGCUUGACUCCUGCAGAGCAGCAGGCAUUGGAGAAUGAGAGAAAUCCAAGCUUCUGGCGGCAAACCCAAGAUCUCAAGGUCACCAUACUCACUACUGCGUGCGCAGCCAUUGUUCAGGGAUGGCAGCAGUCGUCCAUCAAUGCGACCAGUGACUCCUGGCAACAAAGCUUCCCAUACAAUAGCCCCGAUGGUAAGACCUGCGGGUGGGACGAACACCGCUACUUGGCCGGGUUCGUGAAUGCCGCCCCAUGGAUAUCUGCAAGUAUUAUUGGCACCUGGCUCACCGAUCCCCUGCAGGAGGGGGGACUCGGACGACGGCCCGCUCUAUUUGUCUCGGCAAUCUUCUGCAUUGGCUGCGUGCUUGGUAAAAUAGGAGCAAAAGCUUCAAUUGCCCCAGUGCUUGCUGCGGAGGUAGCUGACACGAGAAUUCGUGGGCGAAUCUUGGUCUUGUGGCAAGUUUUCGAUGCUUUAGGGAUUUUCCUUGGUUUUGCAUGCGUCUGGAUUGUUGAUCAAAGCUGGAGGGUUGUUCUCGGAGCCCCUGCGAUUCCAGCCAUUGUCCUCCUCUUUCUAGUCUUCCUCUGUCCGGAGUCGCCCCGGUUCUUGAUUCGUACCAAGAAAUAUAAGAAAGCGUAUUUGAGCCUGCGUCGCCUGAAGGAAACGGAGGUUCAAGCUGCCAGGGACUUGUAUGAUAUCCACAUCCGGCUUCAAUGGGAGGCCCGCAUACUUGACAAACGAGAUCCCAUCGAGGAAGUCGAUGAUGUCUUCCGGGGCGACAAGGUGCCCAAACCAAGCUUCAAGCUAUUUCCACGGCGAAUCGUUGAGCUCUGGACCAAACCACGGAAUCGAAGAGCGUGCAUCGCUGCCUGUCUUGCCAUGCUGGCACAGCAGAUGUGUGGGAUCAAUGCGAUUGCAUUCUAUUCAAACACAUUGUUUGGUGAUAGUGAGGGUUGCAAGAUGACUCCGCCUCAAAAUGCCACGACGAGCAAUACUGGAGUCACCAGCAAGAUGGCCAACCUUGUCCCUCGGAAUGCGACCACCAAUGGUACAUUAAUCGAGAACAGCGAUGUGGACUGGAUGAACUUCGGCUUCGGACUCUCUAAUUUUGUCUUCUCCCUUCCUGUGUAUACGCGCAUCGAUCAAGUCGGCCGCCGAGUUUUGCUCCUGUAUUCUCUAGGGGGGAUGUUCUUUACAUUACUCCCGUUGGCAGUCGGAAUUUUUGAACUCGCUCCCCAUUAUGGCGACGGAGGUUUCAAAGCCAUGGUUGCGAUUCUGGGCGUAGUGGCCUUCACAGCGUGCUAUGGCGUCGGCGCUGGGCCGGUGCCGUUUACCCUGAGUGCGGAGGCUUUCCCGCUAGCGGUUCGAGAAGUCGGCAUGAGCUUUUGCGUGAUGGUUAACUUCAUCGGGCUGAGCCUGAUUAUCUUGUUGCUGCCCGAGGUCACUCAGAUCUUACAAGACCGCGAAGGCACGGCGCCCAAGUGGCGGGGCAAUGCUAUCCUGCUUUUUUACUUCAUGGGAUUCAACGCUCUCGCAUUUGUUUUGGUCUUCUUCUUGGUCCCGGACGGUACGCAGAAGCACGGGCUGGAGUCCAUGAACGAGAUCUUCGGCAACAGCAUGAUGAGCCGUCUGAAAAAAGAGUACCUUGGUCGAGACGACGGCUCCGCGCAAGAGAUCCAACUGCAGAACACAAAUGGUGGCGAAGUACAUUAG